AUGAUGUUCAUCUGCACUUGCCUUUGCCUGGCUAUCACUGCGGGUUACACAAACCCUGCACCGGCUAAUGGUUUCGUAUUUCCCGAUGAAAGGAGGCAACAGAAAAAGUUGGAACCCAUAAUCACACCACCAAUUCUGCCCGUUUUGGAACAUUUGGAGCGUGAUCCUAGUACCUUACUUCCGAGUGAACGUCGAAAGAGUGUGUCAAAUCAAGUGAAUCCGAGGUUUGGAUUUGGCGGUGGUUUUAAUGUGCAGCCAACCGGAAACGGAGGGAUCUCCGCGAGUGUCAGCAGUAGUGCCAGUGGUGCUGGAAUCAGUCAUUCAGCCUCUCAAUCAUUUGCAUUCGGUUUUAAUGAAGGUUUUAGUGCCUCUCAUGCAGCAAGCCAGGCGUCUUCCUUUAAUGGAUUUGGAAAUGGCUUCAGUGGUAGCCAAGCCAGUAGUCAAGCAGCAGCCUUCAGUGGAGCGGGCGCAUCAGUCUCAGGGGCCGCGUCUUCUGCGUCCGCGCUUGGCAGCGUAUUUGGUAGCCAGACCGGAAGUCAAAGUGCUUCUUCUGCAUUUGGCUUUAACUCUUUAAAUGCAUUCCAACCUGAUGAUUCAUUCGGUGAUGGUCUCCUCGACAUCAGACAUCGUGGCAUACCAAACUUUCCUUUCCCUGAUUUUAUUGGAAAAGGCAAAGGAAUUGGAGCUGCUACCUUCAAAACUCGAGGCCUCACAAAUGGAGACGAUUUUCUAGCCUUAUUAGUUUCUAAU